AUUUCGAAUAGCUACUUUGUUUAUGUUAUGGCUGGAUCCUUUCAAAUGGAAAUGUAUCAGAGCUAAAAAUAUUAACUAUAUAUCCUUCUUUAUAAGAGAAAGUGAUUUUCGAUAUUGUCACUACAAUGGCUUCUGCAAGAGAAGGCAGAGGCACAACUCAUGUUGGUUUUGUGUGUCAGAGAUGCUAUCAACCCUUGAAGUUGGAUCAUUCCUUGUUAUCUUUGGACGAGGAAACGAUCGCAGAGCUUACAGGUUAGAUACAAUAAUCGCUGAACUAAUAACAGGGGAUCAUAAUAGAGAUCAUUGAAUCGUAAAAUAGAAAGAAAAAGUCGAGAUUUGAGAACAUGAUCUUUAAAUUGAUUUCGUUCAUUAUCCUUGAGAUAUCACUCACAACUAAAAUUUAACUGUUAAGGUACAAAUCCUUGAAAAACAAUCGAGCCAACAAAUUUCUUGAAGACUGACUAUCUGUCAGUGCACUUUGUGCGUGGGCAAACUCGAAGUGUUUAUUUCCUUGUGGCAAUCAACUUCUAUCCAUGCGUAUAAACGUAUUUAUCACUCCAGCUGUGCUCAAGCUUAUUGUAAUGGUGCUAAUCUUAACUGUCACCUCUGGGGAUUUACACUGUUGUCUAAACAUGCAAUAUAAAAAAAAUCAUUGCCUUCACAUUUGACAGCUUUAGUGGCCAAAUCUAUAAUAUUUCUCUCGUAAGUCUCUUGUUUACAUGGUGGGUAAUUAUAAUCUCCCAGUCUCCCACACAGUUUGCCAAAUCUCCUCAGUACAAGGAAAUUGAUUUUUUUAAUUUGGUCUUUGUAAUGAGGGAAGUGUAGGUAAUGUUUUCAUUAAAAUAUCCACCCAUGGGAGAGACUGAGAUGAAGUAGUCCAUUUACAAAUUUAAGAAGGAUUUCAGAUGAAAGUUUUCCAGAGGUUGGCAUCUCUAGGUAGUGACUGACUUUUUUGUAAUUAAAUAUUAGACUCAGUCUAGCAUCAAAAGGAAAUAAAAAUGUUUCAUCCUGAAAUUUCUAUUUCCAGCUCCAUUUCCUGAAUUUGCAGCCCAGACUGAUGGUGGAGAAGACACAAAUGGGAAGUAUGACCCUUCUUCAUGUCAGGUACAAUUGUCCCUUAUGAAUUUACAUUUCUCAGAGUAAAAAGUACAUUAAGACUUAAGUUUUGUGGCAUGAUCCAGAUUAAAGGAAUUUCUGGUUAUUGUUGUAUUAAAAUAAGUUUUUGAAAUAGUUAUAGCUGCCUACAAGCAGUUGUAUAAGAGUGAUUGCUGCAAUCACUCCUUAUAAUUGCUUGUAGGUUGUCUCAGUAGAGAAAUGUUAUGAACCCAGGCAACAAAAUGAUUUUGUGAAGUUUUGUCAAGAUAAUUGGCUGUUUGCCUUGUUUGAAAAUCAUUUACAAUAAAUUUGGUAUUUUUUGACUAGACUGCUGUCAAUACAGAGGGAGAUGAUACAGUCAUAAGGAGAAUCAUUUCUCCUGCAAGGUAAAUUUCCUUUUUACUUAGAUUUGGUUAUCCUUGGAAAUUGUGUAAUUCUUAUGACUUUUUAACAUGACCCCUCUGACUUUUUAGACUUCAGUCACUGGAGGGUGGUUUUACUCUGAUCGGAGACUCACAGCCAAUUAACACAGAAAACCUCAGUCACAGGCUUAAGGUACAGUAAGUCAGAAGUUAAUAACAGUGGUAUGAAGGAGGAUGUUUUGUUUUGUAACUUUUUAUGUAAUUUUUUUUCUUUACCGGUAAUAUGACUUUCUCAAAUGUGUAUUAUGAUGUGGGCAUGCAGUAGUCAUAUAAUAUGUGUGACCUUACUGCAUCAUUAUCUUUUGGUAUUCAUUUUCUGGAAAUUAAAUUGGUGUCAGCAGAUUGUCAUCUGUCAAAAAUGCUGAGUGAAUAAAUGGUGAGUAAGCUCCAGCAUACAGUGCUCCAUCUGUUCCAUCUGCAGUAACAAAUUGCUCUUAAAUUAACCAAGAGAAACAACAAUAAAUGAAGGGGUUAAGUUUAUAAAGAAAUUGUGGUACUGGUAUUAUCAACUAUUAUGAGUUUCAAAGCUUAUAUGUCAUCAGAGCAAAAGGCUGAUUUGUGUAGCUCUUAUGGCUUUUGCUCUGAGGAAAGGCUAAUGCUAAAAAACAUUAGCUUUGAAACUCUUUACAGUGGCCAAUUUAUGUUGUCAACUCAGUUGAUAGAACCAAAUUACCUUGUUAAGAGAAACACCAGUCCAGCAAGGGACACACUUCUGACAGACUUAAAUCAAAUCACCACAACUAAAUGUCAGCUCCUGUUUGACCAUAUACUAUAAUGAUACAAACAAAUGUAGAAAGUUUCAUAGACAUGACUGUGUUUGUUUUCAUUUGUGAAGGUCACUAGUCAGUUGUUUGAUAUAAUGUCUGGACAGUCAACCAUUGAUCACCCUUUGUGUGAAGAGUGUACAGACACCUUAUUAGACCAACUAGACCAGCAGCUUAAGAUCACAGAUGAUGAACUCAAAGAUUACAAAGUUUUUUUUGAGAAGCUCAAUGACAAACCAUCACUAGAUGGUGAGGCCUUGUCAAAGGAACUUGAAAAGCUUAGAAAGGAAGAGCAAGAACUGAUAAAGAAAUUAGAGGAAAUUGAAAUGGAAAGAAGCAAAGUGGCUGAAAAACUUGAAGCAGAGAAAGAGAGAUCUAAGCAGUUGGAGAUUGAGGAAAACAAGUAUUGGAUGGAAUACAGUGAGUAUCAAAAGGAGCUCUUGGAAUAUGAAGAUGAGCAGCAGAGGUAAGUUCAUAGAAUUUAGAAGCUUUUUUAUAUUCUACAAUGCUUAGUAGGGUUAAGGUGGUAUUGUCUUUUUCAAGUUGGGAUUUGGCAGUGUGACUGGCUUCUUGGAAACUAUUGGGGAAACCUCAAACAGUGCAGAGGGAGGGGUGGGAGGGGGUUGUCCUUUCAUAGACUAGUGUCCCAUUCCAGCAAGAAUUAGCUGUACUCUGUCAUUUCAUGUCAUUGAAUCAGGACUCAGUCCUGAUAGAAUUGGUUAUCUGACUUUACAUGUACUUACCUUAUUUUAUUUGGUUUCCAAAACAAAUGUACAAUCAAGAUUACACAUGAACUGACAACUUCAGCUGGAUGUUAUUUGUGAUCGACAUGUAUGUACAGCCUAACAAGUGUUAUAAGUUACUUCUAUUUUCUUUAUGCCAAAUCACUGAGAAUCUGGUUAGAAAUAAGUUUUAAAGCAGUUAUACACACCUAACAUUGUGUCUACUAGUAGAUCUUGCCUGAAAUUAAUGGGAAAUAUUAUUUAUUGUUUUUAUUAUUGUUUAUCUAUUUGUUUCUGUAAGGUCUUUUUUCUUCGCAGUGUUGAUAAUCAGAUGAGAUAUGCUCAGGCACAGUUAGAUAAAUUAAAGAAGACAAAUGUAUUCAACAGUACUUUUCACAUAUGGUGAGUUGACAAUUCACUUCAUAGUCGUCCUAAAACAAAACUAGAAAAAUAAAAACCAAACAAAAACCAAACAGUAUGGGCCAUAAAGUUUACUUGCCUCCUGUAUGGCAAACCAGUUGCUAGAUGCUUUAAUCUCCCUAAUCAUUCUCAGCAGCAUAUGUCAGUUUGUGGCCUUUCCUUACAUCUAGGCAGUUCAUUAUAGCAGAGCAUUAUAUCUCUAAGUCUAUUGGAAAAUAUAGUUCUAAUUUAUAUAUCAGGACUCGUUAUAAACUCCAAUUGAAAACAGUAUAAAGGUGUUCAUAAAUCUAUAAGUCUUUGCUCUUGGGGGGACAAAGACUCAAGUCUGUCUAAGAUUAUAUCUUGGGAUGUGUCUUUCUGGUAGAAGAUGUCCAAGGUUGUGACUGGGUGCAGUAACAAUGUCAUUGAAUAGUUUGUCACAUGGUUUUAAAUGCCUGUUGCUUAGCUUUAAAAUUCCACUGAGGUCCAAGCUGUCUGUGUAGUCAAUGUUGGGGUAGAUGAUUGCCAGAACACACUUCUGAACCCGCUACAUGGCAUCUGAUAAGUAGGCUGGUUGUGCAAAAUGGAAAACCUGACAGCUGUACUCCAAAACAGGUCUUACGCAGAUACUAAAUUACCCUGUAUUUCAUCAACCGCAAAGAUUGUUGACACAGUAUUAUGGAGUGUAUUGUAAACUUGGUCCUUUCAAUAGUGUCAGGAGCAUAGUAAGGUUUAAAAGUUCUCCUAAUGUGUAUAAAUCAAUUAAAUUUUUGGGUAAUAAUGCAAGCUCUACCUGAUCUCUUUGUAGGCACAAAGGUCACUUUGGAACAAUCAAUAACUUCAGACUAGGUCGGCUGCCAAGUGUGCCUGUAAGUUUUACAGUAACCCCACAAUUGUACUUCUAGUCUUUUUAAAUUUUGUAAACAUUGCAAGUAAUGGUAUAUGUGUGUCAUUUAUUGCAGGUUGAGUGGAGUGAAAUCAAUGCUGCUUGGGGUCAAACUGUCUUAUUAUUACAUUCUCUAGCCAGAAAGAUGAACUUAACGUUUGAGAGGUAAGUCGUAAGGAAGAGCGCUCCUAGUGAAACAGUUCGAGAAUAUUUGGAGCGUAAAACUGAGAAGUGUCUGAUAGAAAUUCUUGUUUUGUAAUAAAUCAAUUAUGAAUUCAAAAUUCUGACAAAGAAGUCAAAAUUAAAGAAACUUUUCAUUGUUCUUCACAUGCUGUUUCAGACAUUUACCUUCAUUUUAUCGUAUCUCUCAAACAUUAUAGAUAUCGUUUGGUUCCUUACGGAAAUAAUUCCUAUCUAGAAUCACUGACAGACAAAUCAAAGGAUCUUCCAUUGUAAGUCAUACUUAUUUCUCUGUUAUGACCAUAUUUUACCAUUUUUUACACCAUAUCUUAUUGAAAAUAAUAUUUAAAAUUUAAUGAUUUAAUUAAUUUUUUUAACUGGAACUCAACUUAGCAACUCAUUUGCUUUUGGUUAUGAAUUAGAGUAGACUUAACUUAUCCUUUUUCACCAGCAUAUAAAGUUCGAACAGAUAAGUACAUCUUUAAUGUUUACCAAAUUUCCUUUCAACAGAUAUGGAUCUGGAGGAUUUAGAUUCUUCUGGGACACAAAGUAAGUGACACAUGAAUGUAAAGUUUCUCUUCUUGAUCUGCUUCGUGACAAACUACCUUACAGCUUUAAGAACGAAAUUCACGAAAUCAAAUGUCAAAUAAGGAAGAACCUUAUAUACCUGGUUUAAUCUCUUUUAAUAUAGGAAUACCCUUAGAUCGUGAAUUGUUUUCAAUAAAUAAUGGAAUGAGAUGUUUGCAACUUCUAACAGCCGCCUCCGUAAAUCAUAUCUGCAUAUUUUUGAAUCGUGAAAGUCAUUUAAGUUAGCUAGAGUUUGAAGUAAUCCGACUCCGUCCAGAUAAAGCUUUCAAAGAUAUUUAUCCACUGAAAUGAUUGUUACACAGUUCAUAAAUUGUAGACGUACCUGAAAUCGUGUUUCAUGACGCUUUUGACGUUUUCAUUACUUGUACAACUCAGUCAUCAGAUUUAGACUUAAUCAAUCGCUCUGACGAAGGGCUAACGCUCGAAACGUCAGCUGUUUUACUCUUUACGGUGGCCAAUUUACGUUUUCAACUCAGUUGUUAACACUAAAUUACCAGAUUUAGACUUACUUUGCUUGUAUUCUUUCGCUGUGGAGCUCUUAAGAUGAAGUAUUUCAUGCUUCAACUUUGGUUUCCAACAUUAGAAACCAAUUCAGUAGACUUCAACUCUGAAAUAUUUGGUAAAUAACAGCUUAGCUCAAGUGGAGAACAUUUUCUUGUCGUAAGAAUAUUUAAAAUGCUCGUGUUUGUCGUAUAAGACCAAAGUUUUCCCGCCAUAUGAAUGCGCGCUUACCAGCCUUUUGUUCGCUGAUUGGUUGUUUGGAAAUGAGAACGGACGGUGAUUGGCCGGUCGUAACAAUGUAGACUUGGGAGUCCUUUCAAAAAUAUUUCCAGACUCAGUUGUGAUUGGUGAAGUUUUGAAGAACAUUGUUUAUAUUUUGCAAGCAUCGAUCUCAAUACGAAUAGUUAACCUACAGUGAUAAAAAUGGAGCGAGUUUCGAGGAGUGAAAAGGGAUCAUGAAAUUGCCAUUUUCCCUCCCCACUCGCAAACUUUUGAAAUUUCUCAACAGAAUUAUCCAAUUGUGGUCUUUCACUAAAGUGCUCUGUUUACUAGAAUUUUUUUAACUCUGGUGUAUUUUAUACAGGUUUGAUCAAGCAAUGGUUGGAUUUUUAGACUGUUUACAACAGGUACAUGAAUGUAAUAUUACAAAUUUGAAAUAACAUUUUUCUCUAGGUACAGUAAUCCAGCGAUCAAACUCAGACCCUAACAAAAAAAUGUUUCGAAAACGUAACUUAAUCUUUUGUUUAACUGUCGGAGAAAUGAUGUGCAGCGUUUCUUUCACUUAGAGAAACGUAAUAUCUCUAGGAUUUUUUUAAUUAGAAAAUCUCACAAACGGUCGUUAUUGGGCGCCAUUUUUACAAGCAAUAUCUUAACACGCUUAGUCGAAAACUGCUGUUAUUUGCGUCCUUAGUUUAAAGAAGCUGUUGAAAAAGUGGACAAGAGGUUUUGCCUUCCAUACAGGUGAGAGAGUGUACCAAUAAAACAAUUUUGAGAGCGUUUUUUGUCUCUCCUGAUCUAUAUUUUGGUAAAAGAUUUGAUGUUUUUGGAAAGUCCUGAGUAAUUUUUGCUCGUAUGUGCAAGUAUAAUUUAUGGAAGGCUCUGUCAGCGGUUUGAUGAAUUAGUAGAUCGCUUUUAUGUAAAUUUUGAGGCUCAAACUUAGAGUCGGAUUCAAUUAUAUUCGGAUUUUGCGAGCGCAAAUAUCAGGUGUCACGCAUUGUUUGACGCUCACGAUUGCGUGACUAAUUGGUAUUAUGCUUUCAUGACGUCAAGCAUACGUCACUAAAUAUUUGUCUCCAACCGAACUAAUUGGUAACGAACAUUCGUGACGUAACUUUUGAGUCACUAAUUUCUCAUUGAAUUAACCUAAUGACCAACGGUUAACUAGUUAAUUGGUCGUUAUGUUUAUGACGUGUACUCCCUGGUUAAGUCAUUUGCUGCAAGUCCGCGAGCCGUUCAGACGUACUUUUUGCGCUCCGUGAAAAAAUUCGCUAGGACAGUUCAAAGAUGGCCAAAGCUAAAACUCGACGAGUUGUUAAGAAAUCAGCCUUAGCCAAGAAGAAGAAGGCGGUCAAGAGGCCCCCUCUUACAAGCGAAAAGGUGUUGGCUGCCAUCGCCGCCUUGAAAGACCGCAAUGGUUCAAGUGCGAAAGCUAUCAUGGCCUACCUCCUCACGCAACGUGGUUCAAAGAGAGUUACACCUUUUCAAGUACGAAUUGCGUUGGCGCGCGCUGUCAAAGAAAAAUCACUGGUGAAGAAUGGAGCUUUGUUUAAAGUUGCUCUUACUUCCAGCAAGUCACGGUCGCGUUCCAAAUCUCGUUCGAAGUCCCGCUCUAGAUCUCGUUCUCGCUCAAGGUCAACCUCGAAGACUAGAUCCCGAUCUCGUUCUCGAUCAAAGUCGAAGAGUCCGAGCAGAAAAUCAGUGAAGAAAGUCACCAAGAAGGCUAAGAAGGCGAAAAAGGCUAAGAAAGUGAUCCGAAAGCGCAAGGCCCUGGCCAAAAGGCGCGUCGUAAAGAGGAAAUACUACAAAGGAACCAAAAAGACGACCAAGGUUCGCAGGAGGCGACGAUCCGCCCGCAAGUGAACUUACUGAUAGUAUAACAAAACUGCGAUGUCUUUUCGUCUCCCUUCUAAGAACACUCAAAGACUUUGUCUCUACAAUCUCUCAUGAGAGCAAACGCCUAAACGCUGAAGAACUGUUAGUAAGCGAAGUUGACAGGAUCCUCGGUUUUAUCAUCAUAAUUUUUUUUUGUUUUAAAAGGAUUGUACACACAAGAAAACUUUGAUUAAACAGUGAAGGCGAAGACUUGUUGGUGUGUGAUUUUCUAUAAAUAUGGGGGAAGAAAAAGCGAUGAGUUUACAAGUAGAAAAGUCGGCAACUAACUUUUCCCUAACGCAGAAGCGACAACAAUCAGUUAAUUUCCAAAAUUUUUAAUUAGGAGGCACUUAUGUUAUUAUGCCUGGGUGGUGUACUUAUAGGUCGGCGCGCGCGUGGCCUUUUUUUGCGCGCACCUUGAUUUUGUGCGCGUUUGGAGCUAUCUGCCAAAACUUUGCCAUAGACAGAAUUUUUAAGAAUUUUUUGUCGCGUCUUUGUUGUAAAUUAAAAGCGCAAGGUUGCGCGCGCGAUACUUAAGCGGCAUUCAACGCGUAACAAAUGCUGCCUGAGGCGUCUUCAUUGACGGACUUUUUCCUAACUUUUCGUGAAAAAUUUUUACUGAAUCAAACGAUUUGGAUCGAUUUCUUUUUCCAAGAAGCUUAAUUUUAGUGUGUUUCAAGCGACAGUUUUACUUUUUAAGUUUCUGGUAAAUCAGUGUCAAUACUGCCCGUGCGAUUAACAAGCGCGUGGCUUGCAAUGUUGUCACAGUCUCUUUUACGACUGGCCGAAGAUCGACGGCGAGGCUUUGGAGAGAUGUAAAAAAUUAAUCAAUCAAUCAAUCAAUCAAUCAAUCAAUCAAUCAAUCAAAUCUGUAGUGAAAAUGAAUAAGUUCAAAGCCAGCACAUUUACGUGCUUUUACAAAGUCAUACUAUUUUACUUAUCUCAUCAGUUUAUCUUGUUUUCCUAUAGCAAAAUAUAAUCCAGUAUUUUUCGUUUCAGGAUGGAAAAAGGCAAAAUCCACGAUUCAAGUGGCAACGGCGGAGCUUUUUCCAUAAAGUAAGUUGGCGGAAUUUUUUCGAGGAAGGGCAAGGGAAACAAUGGAAAAAUUAAACCAAUUUUGCUGUCUGAAUGACUCAAAACUAUUGGUUCAGAGCGGGUUUCGAUUAAGUGUUAAGCAAAAACGGAAGUAAUUACAGCAACCAAUCAAAGAAGAGAAUACCAUCACAAGGCGGCAAUGAGAACUCAAACUGCCUAAAGCGCGGUAAAAGGCGAGUGACGAAGAUGCGUUUGGUUUUUUUGCAUCUGAUUGGUUGAGAGGAUGGCGUGAGUUUUGUGGCUUACUACACGGCGAAGUAAAGCAAAACCAACGCUUUUCCAGAUUACUUUCGACAAUUAAAGUAAAAUUUCUCAAAAUCACUACCUGUCUGUAUAUGCGUAGCACUUCUCCACCGCAGAAGUUAACUAAGACAAGUGUCAUUACGCCUCUGGUUUUUUUCUUUGUCUCGUCAGAAUUCAGUUCAACUCCGAGGAGCAGUGGACCAAGGCGCUAAAAUUCGUGCUGACUAACUUGAAAUGGGGACUGGCGUGGGUCUCGUCCCAGUUUACUGAAAAGUGACUCAGACUAGCGGUCAGUCUGGAUAAUGCACUUCUGCAAGAAGUUUAUAAUGUACGAACACGGAAUCAGUUGACUUUGAAUAAUUGCUCUUGUAGUCUGAAGUUUGCUUUUGAAGAAAGUAAUAGAAACAAGACUCUUUAAAGAAAGAAACUUCAGAUUCUCAAGAGCACAGUGUAGAUAUUUUUGAAAGCAUUUCACAAGGCUUGAGCGAACGAUUCAAACUCUUGUAGUCAUUAUCUUAAAACAUGAUUUCUUCUUUCUUGUGACCACGAUUCCUGUUACUUCGACUUUCAGUUUUGAGAAUUCCACGCCUUCUUACUUAUUUCACAAAGUAUUGCUGUUGAAACCAAAAAUUACAUGUUGAUUAACUAAUGUUUGAAAAAGAGGAAAAAACACAUUCACAUAGACAACAAAAAUCUUCCUCUUUUAAUCCUUAUGCGGAAAAAACUAAAAGGAGAAGUAAAAAAUAAACGAGACAAACAAAAUAAAAAGAAGGUAUGUUUGUCGUAUGUUAUCUAUGUAGCGGUUUCUUUUAUCGACAAAAAAGGGAGU